UCCUUCGUUCCUUCUUGAACUGUUGAGCUGCGUCAGAACUUAGUCAGUGUAAACUGACUUUUCUGUCUUGACUUAAAACUGCUGCUCUUUAUUGCGACUUUUAUGUGUGUUUGAAUUCAUUUGCACCUGUGUUGAAAUCAUCAAAUGAUACACAGGCGUGUCAGUUCUUGAUUUUUUAAGCAGCACAUUAAACAGCUGAAGUUCCACAAACAUUUCAGAUACAGUGAGAGUUCUGUAGGAUCCCUGGCUGAUGAUUAUUAAUCAUAAUCUGAGGGAGGCAGACGGAGUGACGCCACUGUGCAUGUUUACAGUAACAACAGUAACAAUAACAAUUAAAGCUGCGAGCAGCGAUGAUCGGGCCCUCGCAGUCCACGCUCGUCGGGGCAUGCUGCUGUCGGGGUGUGCAGCGUACAGCGUCUCUUAACUGUGUUUCAGACAGUGCAGGAAGGGGUUAACUGUCAUUUACUGUGUCCAACAUGUGGUGCUGUGACGAUGACUGUAUAUUGGCCUCCGUGUUCAGGGCUGGACUCUGAUCAAACGUGAAGUUUGGUUCAGAUAGGAAAGAGGAAGUUGUUCUUGUCUAAUUUGAUGGCCUGCUCCUGCCGGUAUUAAAUAAUGUACACUGAGGUCAGAAGAACUCUCUGCUAUAUACUUAAAAACAAAAUGGACUACUGUUGAAAAAUCCCUCAAACUCAUUUGUGGUCAGUUGUGUUUUGAUUAUUGAUUGGCGGUGGCACUGUGGGAGGGUGUGCUCACCUUUUAGUUGCAUGUCAUCUUGUAGUGUACGAUAUGAAGGAAAAAACCUUUAAAUGUCAUGUGAAUAGGAUGUUUGUCUGAAUUCCUGUGUCCAGUAGGUGGCGCUAUGGAUCUGACACAGUACUGAUACAUGGAGGUAUUCACAUGUGUGAUGAGUUUGAUGUAGAUGGGAAAUUGUAUGUUGAAGUUCUAAGGACUUGAUGCAUUAUGGCAUGAAAAUGGACCGCACCAUGACACCCACCAUGUUUGACGUUGACGCCAAAGCUUUUGAUAACUUUUCAUCUUCAAGGUCUGAGGAUGAUAAUGAGUGAAUUGGAAGUCUGUGGUGUUCAAGCUGUAGGGGGAGUUUGUUAAAGUACGAGGCAGGAAAUGGAUCAAAAUGAGGGUGAAACGGGAACUUUGAAUCAAAAUGGCCGACUUCCUUUUGGAGUGACCGUUUGGUACUUCGAUGUUUUUUGUGCGUCCGGUCAUGAUACAUAUGCAAACUGAAUGUCCUUCAUAUGUGUGCAUGUAGGAGGUGGGGCUUGGAUUUUUAAUAUUCCAGGGGGUGCUAUAGAGUCCGAUGGUAACACCUUUUGUCAGCUGUCAUCAGGAGGACAUUGGCAAUAAUUGUACCAAGUUUUGUCUUAAUCUGACCAGCAGAUGCUGAGAUAUAAAAUACUUAAAUAUAAAGAGCGCCACCUGGUGGUAAUUGGUCAACAUUUUGCACAGAGCCUGGGAGGAGUUUGAAAAAGUAGGUUUGCGAUAUUUUGACAAAAAUGGGUGUGGCCUAUAUCACAAGAUUCAGCACAAUUCAGUGAAUACGUGGAUAUAAGGGUUUUGAAUGUGUUACGUGUGUUAGUGUAUGGGAGUUAUAAUCAUGAAUGCACUUUUCUUGAUUAUAGCGCGCUAACACUAGCGAAAUUCCCAACGACAAUAGAUCAUGAAAUUUUUAAGUAGGUGUGACCUGUAUUCCAAGUUUGGUGAGUUUUGGGGCAUGUUCAGGCAGUGAAAAAUGAGACAAAUCAGUCAGAUCAAUUGAGACAAAAAAAAAGUAAUAAUUUGAAAAACAGUAGGGACCUCGCAGGUCGAGACCUGCUCGGGCGUGAGCCUCCACUCACUCAGGAUGUUCCCUCUGAGGGUCCAAAGCUGUUCUUCAGUCUGGAGUUCACUUGGUGUCUGACUCCAGUUCCCUCCUUCAGACCUCAGCUCUCCUCUCAUUGGCUCCCUGGUCUGAGGUCACCAGUUGCAGUGACUUGAUCCGUCACUUCAGUUAGUUCUCGUUCUGCAGCUGUGAACUUAUCACUGUUUUGUCUCAGUGUCUAACCAGAGAGACUGACAGCACCAGCUGUGUGUGUGUGUGUGUGUGUGUGUGUGUGUGUGUGUUGUCAAAGGUAAGGUUCACUUGUCUGUCAAUGCUCGUCCUCAAAUAGUUUCCCCUCUCUCUCUCUAACACUCUCUAAGUCGAUCGUCCUCUCCUGUCUUCAAACACUAAACAGUUCUGUUCUCCACCUCUGAUGAAGUCGGCCGUCAUGUUUAAGAGGAUUUUAAAUGGAAGUCUGAAACGUCUCCAGCUGGGUCUGAGAGCUUCAGAGACUUUCAGAUCAGGACCUGUGUGUUCUGGUUCAGUGUUUAAGUGUUCUGGUUCAGUGUCUAUGUUGAAACAAGUUCUUCAUGUUGGACCGGCAGGAGUUAGUCAGACUAAACUGAGUCCUAAUCCUGAUGAACUGAGUGACGCUGCAGCUGAGGACACCUGGACAACAUCUGGACGGUCAGAAGAAGAGCAGCUGACAUGUGGACAGCAGAUCUGCGCGUCUGACAGUAGAAGAACAUCUGAAUCUCAGACUUCAUCAGUCAGGAGAACAUUUGUUCUGUCUGGUCACAGCUGAGGAGCAGAGAGGUGUGAGAGAGGGAGGGAUGGGAGGAGCAGUCUGUAAGGCGGAGGUGAAGGAGGAGAAAGGAAGGAGGAGCGUGGGGACGGAGGACAGUCUGACGUCCGCAGACAGAAUCCGUCGAUUCACCGUCAAACAGUUUGGAUUCAACGUCCUGAGUCUGGCUCGCCGAGGACUGAAGGAGGUCCCAGAUGAGCUGUGGGAGCUGUUGGAGUUGGAGAAGUUGAAUCUGUCUCUCAACAGUCUGAAGGUUCUUCCUCCUCACCUGGCUCUCCUCUCCAACCUUGUGGUCCUGAACCUGUGGGGGAACCAGCUCAGCAGCCUGCCGGCAGAGAUCGGACAGCUGACGAGACUCCGAGUUUUAUUUGCCUACAGAAACAGACUGACUGAAGUUCCUGAGGAGCUGGGAGCCUGUACACAGCUGGAGGUGCUCAGUCUGGCCAACAACCAGCUGACCUCGCUGCCCGCCUCUCUCUCCAAUCUGAGCAGACUGAGGAAGCUCAACCUCAGCCACAACCACAUCGCUCACGUCCCAGGCUGCGUCUACAACAUGAAGGCUCUGGUGUUCCUCCACCUGGCCUGCAACCGUCUGGAGAACCUGGCAGAGAACAUCCAGGCUCUGGUGGAGCUCAAGAUCCUUAUCGUGGAGGGAAACAGCCUCCAUUCUCUGCCCAAGGCCCUCUGCUGCCUCACCAGGUUGGAGCUGCUGAAUCUGGACUUUAAUGACAUUAAAGACGUACCGCAGGAGAUGCACCAGCUGUCCCGACUGGAGAAGUUGGCCUGCCAUCCUCUGGAUAAAGGACUCCACAUCGUCCACAACCCGCUGCUGAAGCCAGUGAAGGAGGUUCUGGAGGGAGGACUCAGCGCCCUCUUCAGCUACCUGAGAGCUACGUAGAGGAGGGGGCGGGGCUUUUUAAUGACAUCAGAGCUGGGUAGAGGUGCUUGCAGAGCCGUUGAGGCUCCAACUUAAAUGAACAUGUUUACAGCCUGGUACAAAAACUCUUUUGGUGACUGUAGCUAAUUUCUCUGCUUAUGACAACUGUAAAUUAUGCUUAAUUAGGGGCGUGGCCUCUUUUAGUGACAGCUUGUUGUUGCCUGCUGAUCUUCACUUCUUGAAGUGUUUAUAGAGAAUUUUUAAUAUAAAUAUCAGACAUAUAAUCUGUCUUUCUGCACUAACAGACGGGAGGGGAGGGACAGACGUCAGUGUUUUGGAUUAAUGAGCGACUCUGAUAGCGUUAACCUGCAGACAGCUGCUGGAGCUGGUGAGCUCUGGAGGAAUUAACACUUGUGUCACUUCUCAACCUGUCUGCAGCAACAACAUCCAACAUUUUACUUCUAUUAGUUAAAUGAAAAAUGAUUGACAGAAUGUGAAGAACAGCUUUGAUGUCAUGAAAUCUUCAUAGUGUGUUGCAGAGUUAGCCACUGGAGUUAGCAUGCUAAGCAGCUAACAGCGGCUCCAUCCCACCACCUCAUUUCCUGAGCUGCACGGCUAACUGAGCGACUUAGCUGACGGCAUCACAGUCAGCAGCUGUUAGCAGUUGUAGCAACAUGCUGCCUCCUGUUUGUCUCAGUUUGACAGGAGGCCAGUUCUUACAUAGUGCGUCUUUGAGACGUGUGAGUUACGUGAGCUGAAAUUCUCUUCUCUUAAUGUGUAAACACAGAUUUUUAAUGCUUGUUAGCAUGAGCUAGCUUGUUAGCUUCCAGCUAGGUGGGCAAUGUUACCAGAUGGUCACUCGGGUUAUUGCAGCUACAAAUGAUUUAGAAUAAGCUCCAUUAUAAAAGAGACAUCUGUAAAACUUUCACUAAACUGAGAAAAGAGAUCUGUGUUAUCAUCACUGGUGGGCGGGGCCAGUGGAGGAAACUCUACCGUGCAUAUUAAAUGAGCUGCAUAACCAGGAAGUAAACACAGAAGACAGAGAACUUCUGGGCGUUGGUCUGAACAGGAGCCAUGUUUCCCUCUGGUAUCUGGUUCUUCUGUAUAAAUCUGUGUGCUUAAAACUGUGGGUGAUGUCACAGUGGCUCCACCCACUAUUUUUCCCAGCCAAUGGUGGAGAGGCAGGUGAUCUCUGAACCUGUAAAAUGUGAAAACAAACCAAACGCUUUUAAUGAAUAACUUGUGCCUUCUUUAUGCUGUUAGUGUGUUGUUUUUAUUAUUCUGCCUUUUUUUGGUCUUUGAGUAGCUUGAAAAGCGACAUAAAAAAAUAAAUGUAUUAUUAUUUUAAGUUUAAAUGUAGUGAAAUCAAACAGUUGUUUUAUAUGAAUUUCAGCUCUUGUUUCAGUGUAUAAACACAGUGACUCUGUCAUCAGUAUCAGUAUGUAUGGAUGUUGUGUUCUGUCUCCACAUCACAGAAUAAAACCUGAUGAGUUACUUGUCACCUGUGGUCUGU